AUUGGAGCAGACUCCAGAGCAACGUGUCUCUGUCAUGGCAGCCGCAUGCAGUCGCUCUUCCUCGAGUAGUGGGCUGGCAGGUCGCAGCGGUCGGGAGAAAGUGCUUUUCUUCCCUGUCCCCGGACUAGUGAAAUGAUUUGACAGAUGUAUUUAAAGAGACCUGCAACUGGUCUCGCCUUCUGUUUGUUCUACUUGUCUUCUUAUUUCACCAACAAGUAUGUUCUGUCUGUCCUGAAAUUCACCUACCCCACUCUUUUUCAAGGCUGGCAGACACUAGUUGGUGGAUUUCUCCUACACAUUUCAUGGAAGAUUGGCUGGACUGAGAUCAGCAGCAGUUCAAGAUCUGAAGUGCUGUCAUGGCUUCCGGCUUCUGCACUUUUUGUGGGCAUUAUUAUGCAGGUUCCCAGGGCACUGUCCAGACUGCCAAUUCCUAUCUUUCUUACCUUACACAAUGCUGCAGACGUUAUAGCUUGUGGAAUCGAGGCAUUUGUGCAGAAAGAGCAGCCCUCUAGACUAAAAAUCUGUAGAGUGCUGACUCUUCUGGUAGCAGCAGGGUGCCUUCCUUUCUAUGAUCCACAGUUUGAUACAGAUGGCUAUUUUUGGGCUCUCAUCCAUUUGCUAUGCAUUGGGGCUUACAAAGUAUAUUAUAAUUCAUGGAGACCUAAUUCUCUAAGUGAUUCUCAGCAACAAUAUAUAAACUAUGCAUUCAGUGUGGUGAUGUUGGCUUUUGCAUCCCACCCAGCAGGUGAUCUCUUUAGUGCCUUGGAAUUUCCGUUCCUUUACUUCUACAGGUUUCACACAAGUUGCUUUGCCAGCGGUCUUCUGGGAUUCCUACUGACCUUAUAUACAAUGAAGCUGAAAAGCAACACAUCCUCAGGACAGUAUGCAGCCUGGAGUUUCCUAGCAAAGGUUAUAACAGCUCUAUCCCCAUUCUUCUUUGAAAUUGCAAUGAAUGUACCAACAGCCUGUUGUCUUUUACUUGGUGGAUUUGCUGAAGCCUCGCUGCUUUACAUCGAAAGGACUGGCAUAUGAAUAUAUAAGGAGAAAUGAUGAAGAGAAUAGCCAAGCAUUCCCAUCAGGAGUAAUAGUCAGUGACUGAAAAAUCCAAAGCAACAGCCGUAAAGAUGUGCAAACUGCAAGUGACUUAAUUCCACAUUCUUCUUUCUUCAGAGCCAUAAAAAUGUUAUUAAUAGCAGUGCGGAAAGUCAGGACUCCGUUAACCUUUAUACUAGCCAGGCUAAACUAAAUUGUGCAGUCUCAACUAAACUAUAUCCACUACCGUAAAACCAUCUGGGCAUGGACUGCUGUAAGAAAGGUGCUUAUCCUGCCCCGUUUCCAACCUUACUUCGAGUUCUGCACCAUUCAGAAUUUGAUGGCUGUCCCUUUAUCACAAUAUAAAUUAUAGGACCGUAGUCUCACUUGUGAAGGAAGAAUGGACAAGCUUCUUGGUCUGUGGCAGAUUUCCAGGUGUAUCUGGGUACAGGGAAGACUUGGUAGUAUUUUGUGCUCAGUCUGUGUGCUUGCUGCUUCCUUGCUCUCCCAUCAUACACAACUCCAGUGAAACAUGAAGAAACAAAACCACGUGGGAGGUAUCCUAAGUGUGUCU